AUGGAUCCUUUCGCAAGUACCGUGGUUAACGUCGACCGCAAAGCUCAUAGUCUUCUCCAAUAUUUCAUCCAUGUUUCCCAUCCUAGGACGUGGCAUUCUGAAGUGCAGGACGAUCAUACUUACACCUUUCAGAGGGAUGUCCUAACGCUGGUCAAGGGAUGCCUCGAGAAAGAGGUGCAUUUUUACACCUUGCUGGCAUCCAUGGCAAGUCAAAUGCAGUACUUCGAGCAGAUGAACCGAGACGAUGACACCACAAGUCAGAUGGUAACGAAAGCAAUCGACGCUGUUCGCCGGCAUCUCAGAUCGUCGCCCCCUAUCAACCAAAGACUUAUCUUUGACAUACAUCAAAUGGCCGUUACAGAUUUUUACCGAUACGAACUUAACUCUGCUCUCAUUCAUCUCACAGCGGCCAGAAGUCUUCUGUCACAGCUCGGGGGCAUCGAACGAAUAGACCCUUCACUGCGGGAAUGGAUAGUGAUUGGAGACGGCUAUCUAGCAGCAGAACUUUUCCAGAAGCCUCUGUUUCCUGCUUCGUGUUUCGACCCCGGCGAACUGGAGCUGGAGCACGUGGACGUUGUUCACGUCCAUUCUGGUACCACCGCGAAAUGGGUUCAAGAACCUGGGUAUCAAAACCUUCUGCCAACGCAGAUGCAGCGCGUGCUCAUAGACCUUACCACCACUAUUCACACCAUGCAGCGGCAGUUUAGACCACCGCCGUCAGAUCGAAAUGCGCCGGCUGGAUCCAAACCAAUUCUUCACUGGCUCCUUCUCCGAACAAGUGCACUCAGGCACCGACUUCUGGAACUCGAAGUUGACGAUGGUAAAGUGGAUGCCAUCAGAAUUGGCUUGAUCGUGUGGUUAUUCAUGGCAAUGACGGUUACUGGUCGACGACGAACAUGCAAAGUCCUCGCCUCGAAACUGAGACUUCAACUCGAAGGUAUCAGACCAAGAGACUGGAUCGAAUUUGGAGACGCCCACCUAUGGGUCCUUCUCGUUGGUGCCGUGUCUGCGGGAACAAGCGAUCGAGGGUGGUUUCUCACAGCAAUUCUACGGAUGGAUCGUGCGGAUGGUCGAGCAACUCACAAACCCUUUCGGGAGGAUGAGCUUGCGAAACUUUUCGACCGCUUUUCCUACCUCGAACCGUACCAAAGGGGCCUGCUGCGAGCUGUUAUCAAGGAUUUGAAUGCUUCGGUACCACGAACGACCUGGAUCUCUUGA